AUGAAUGAAAGUCGACUUUGUGCUCAGCCCGAUGGCGCUCCACCAGCAUACAAUUUACAUGUAUCAGCUGGCGCAGCGUCCUCACGCACCCGGCCAACCGCCGACUCCAAACAUGAAGAAUACGCUACCGAGUCCGUAGAACAAGAAGAAGGAGAAGAACAAGGACAAGAAGAAGCACCUCCCUCAGAUGAAACUCCAACGCGGCCAUCAUCGGAUAAACCUCUUUCUCUGACCAUGGAUGCUGACCUUAUAUAUCCUACUGAGCCUCCCUCUCUCGCUCUGUAUCAUAUCCCCCGACUCCUCACCUGGCAUGGUGACCGUGUUUAUCUACAUAGGUCUGUGCCAGGUAAACAACGCGAAAACGGUACAAGGAGAAAAGUGCGAGACCAAGAUCUUUAUGAGAUCCGUGGCGAGGUUUUCACUUCAUCCGUAUACGAGAUUGUGGGUAAACGAAGAGGGUGCUACGGCACGGGCAAUGCCACCAUGAAAAGGCGACGCAGCCUUUUUGGCGAUAUCUGGGAGAUUAGCUUCAAAAAUCGUCUUGUACUCCGUUAUGAUAAGAAUCAAUGGAAAGAUUCGAAUCAGAAGCUGGUAGCGGUCGAAGAAAAGGGAUCCAAUGCGCCGAUUCUAAAGAUCCAGCAAGGCGUCGAUGAGCCUUUGCGAGAUCUUAUUGUUGCUGGAUGGUGCACUCAGAUUUGGCGCCAAAACACGAAGACGGAUCUUGCAACAACUCUGACUCGAGGUCGAGAGUUCAUCAAAACUGCAUAUGGCGGCUCACCUAGUCUUGCCGCACGCUUUGCCGGGGCAUGAGCAAGCAUCUACUAAAAAUGCACUGCCAAAAGUCGAAAG